ACGAUAGCGCAGAUAAUGAAACAGACACUAAAAAAGAAUACAAGCUCCAUCCUCAAAAUGAAACUCAAAGUAGUUUAGAUACACUGAAUAGUACAACUUUGAAAUUAUCGCGAGCAGAUAAAACAAUUGAGAAAAUGUCACAACGGCGCUCCUCCGAAACUCAAGAGAGUAUAGAGAAGGAGGUUUUUCCUAUUACUGAUGCAAUAUAUGAGAAGCCUUCUGUUCAACCUAUGAGCUCCUUGCAAGAACAAAAUUCAUUCGAUAUCGAGGAUGGUGACAUAAUAGUAUAUAAUCGCCUACAGCGCGAAGAAACUCGUGAAAGCUCAGCUCAAAGCGAAUCUAUUGUGUUUGGAAAUGCUGAUGACGACAAAGCUCUUACAAAUGACGUAGAAAUUAGCAGAUCACACCUAUCACGGUAUUACACGAUUGCCGGUGACGAUCCACAUAGUAUUUUUAAAUCAGGGACAAUAGUUGAUCCAGUCAAAUACAUUGACGAGGGAAAUGAACACGGUGUCAAUGAACCAAACAUCAGCAGCAGUUUAUGUUUAGACGAUGAAACCUCUGAGAACAUUCGUAAAAAGAUAAUGGCGUACUCCCUGUCAGAGGCGGACUCUGAUUAUUACGAUACUAACAAAAUCAUUAAAGAUGAUUAUCAUAUAGACACUGCAAUGACUGAUGUUAUAGACACAUCCACAGAAACUGAAUCGACUAUUGUAUCAACAUCUGCUAAAAUAAAGCCAGGAGCACGAGGAAUUUUAUCUAGACGAAGGUUACGCGGUGCCAGUGCAGGUACAAAGUCAUCGACCCAAGAUACAAAAGCAUCUUUCGGGAACGAUGCUUUAAGCGAAUCAUUAGAACGGUUUAUUGAAGAGGAAGCUGCUAAGAAAAUCCAAGUAGCAUAUCGUUUACACAAAAAAAACCCUAGAAAACAAACUAAAGGUUUGGAAAGUAUCAGUUUGGAAAACAGUUUGGCAGCCAAACGACAAACACUGCAACGUGGCGACGCACUGCAAAAUGAUUCAAAUUCUACACCAGAGGAUGAAAAUACCGAUAUCACUACUGUCGACCAUCUGCCAAUAAUUGUCAGGAAAAAUGAUGGGUCUAAUAAUGAAAUAUGCUCGUAUAAGACAAGCGACAUGCGCGUAACCUGGACUGCCUUAAGGCAAAACUCUAUGCCCGUCCAAAUUGAUUGUGAAGUUCUAAGAAUUAUUCCCAAACACAAGCGAAGACGCAUAAAAAGUGCAGAGGCUGGAAAGCAAAAAAUUAGAAAAUAAGUUUUACUUAAGGAUUACAAUACUGUCAUAUACAU